AUGAAGUCCAUAAGCGUAACCGCAGCCGUAGCCGGCGCCCUCGCAGCCAUCCCACUCGCAGCAGGCACAGCAGUAGAGGACCGCACCACCAGCGUUGACGCCGACGUCAACGAAACCGAGGUCCCGAAGCUCCUCUCCCUCCGCACAACACCAACACCGAUUCCAGCAGCAUGGACACUGACACUCGAACCCAUGCCAACCGAGCAAGUCCCAACCCUGACAACGUAUCCAGAGUCAGCGCGAACACCAGAGCCUACAUUUGCACCAGAGCCAACCUCAGCAGCAACAGCAGCAACAAACACAAUAACCCCAGCAGCAGCAGCAGCAGCAGCGAACACCGCCCGCGAAAUGAUCGCCACCCAGUCCACUAACACCCUCUUCCCCUUCCCCUUCUUCCCCAUCUACAUCUACGAGCCCGACUCGGCUGCUGCUCGUCCCGGUGGAGUUGGUGUCGGGGGUGGUGUUGUCCGCGCGCUGACGAACAAAGUGGCCAGGACGCUCGGUAUCAACGAGAGGGUUUUGGCGACGGGGGCGGCGCUGGGGGUCUUGGCGGGGGUGAUGGUUGUGCUGGUUUAG